UAAACAAAAUUUACACCCCUUGUGAAUGAAAUCAUUACGCUUGACUUCGUUUAUGUGGCGCAUUAUCCCACAUUCCAUCUUCAUUUCAGCUUUCAAGCAGUCAAUCCUCUUUCGUUUCGUGGAGUAAUUUUAUGCACCUGCCGGUUAUAUCUUCAUCAUGAUCCCGUUAUUUGUGACAUGACCUACAUCAAUGGGAGACAGAGACACGGUCGUGCACGGGCAUCCCUCCUUCACAUCUGACGCCAUAGCAACGCUAUGCCGAAUCCCCGAUGCGCGCUUUCUUCAAUACCGCAAGGACACAGAGAUCCAGCAGCGUCGCGUUUACAGCCUUUCCGCUGAUGUCCGACCCGGUUUUCUGCCAUUAUCGAUGACAAAAACUACAAGCGGAGGCAUCUAGUUUGUAUGUUCAUGCCAACAUUCCUGUUCAAGUUUGGAAAUACGAUCCAAGAGAGAGAGAGAAAGAGAGAGAGAGAGACCAUGAGCAGCUGAUACAUCGCAGCUAAAAAUAAUUUUCUCAGUGAAUUACUCUCUCUAACACCACGCAACGAAAAGGCAUGAAAAGCUACUAAAGCGCAGUAAUUAAUCUGGCGUCUUUAGCCCAGUCAGGUGACAUGGCCCCGUCUUUCUGUGGGAACGACAGAGGUAGUAACGCCUACAGCGUGGAAAAUGGAGUCUUGGACAACGGUUGCUUCGUGGAUGCCCUCAACCUCGUCCCUCAUGUAUUUCUUCUCUUCAUCACCUUCCCAAUUCUCUUCAUUGGCUGGGGAAGCCAGAGUUCAAAGGUGCAGAUCCACCAUAACACCUGGCUGCAUUUCCCAGGCCACAACAUGCGCUGGAUCCUCACCUUCACACUGCUGUUUGUGCACGUGUGCGAGAUCGCUGAGGGAAUCGUCUCCAAUACGCAGAUGGACUCUAAUCACUUGCACCUCUUCUUGCCAGCGUUAAUGGGCUUUAUAGCAGCCACCACAUCAGUUGUGUAUUACCACAAUAUAGAAACAGCCAAUUUCCCCAAACUCCUUCUGGCCUUAUUUAUUUAUUGGAUUCUGGCUUUCAUCACCAAGAUGAUAAAGUUAUGGAAGUUUGCCGAGGCAAAGUUGGGGGUGGAACAUCUCCGUUUCUGUAUUACAGCUUUGCUUGUGGUACUCUACGGCCUACUCAUGGCUGUCGAGAUCAACGUUAUCAGAGUCAGGAAGUACGUGUUCUUUGCGAACCCUCAGAGGGUGAAGCCCCCAGAAGACUUGCAAGACUUAGGUGUCCGAUUCCUCCAACCCUUCGUCAAUCUUCUCUCCAAAGCAACCUACUGGUGGAUGAACCCACUCAUUAUUGGAGCCCACAAGAGACCUAUUGAGCUGAAGAAGAUCGGCAAACUGCCUAUCGCCAUGAGGGCCUUGACCAACUAUCUGCGUCUGAAGGACUCCUAUGAGGAACAGAGGCAGAACACAGAGGAUCCGGAGAAAUACCCAUCCAUCUGGAAGUCCAUGUAUCGGGCAUUUGGGGGGUCAAUCCUCCUCAGCAGCACUUUUCGGUAUAUGGCGGACCUGUUGGGCUUUGCCGGGCCCCUUUGCAUUUCUGGCAUUGUGGAACAUCUGCACAACUCAACAGAGAUCGACAGAACAAACAAGACAGGGAACAUGACUCUCGGGGUGUACUUCAUGUCUUCCACUGAGCUGCUGCAGAACACGUCUGUUUUGUCGGUUCUGCUGUUCCUGGCACUUGUGUUGCAGAGAACAUUCCUGCAGGCCUCCUACUACGUCACAAUAGAGACGGGCAUUAACCUGCGCGGAGCGCUGCUUGCAAUGAUCUACAAUAAAAUCCUGCGUCUUUCCACUUCCAACAUGUCAAUGGGAGAGAUGACCCUCGGUCAGAUCAACAAUCUUGUCGCCAUAGAAACCAAUCAACUCAUGUGGUUUCUCUUCUUAUGCCCCAACCUGUGGGCCAUGCCAGUUCAGAUCAUCAUGGGAGUGAUCCUGCUGUAUUAUUUGUUGGGCAACAGCGCAUUGAUAGGGGCCGGCGUGAUUUUGCUGCUGGCCCCAGUUCAGUACCUCAUUGCUACCAAGUUGGCAGACAUUCAGAAAAGCACUCUGGACUACUCGACAGAUCGUCUUAAAAAGACCACAGAGAUCCUGAAGGGAAUAAAACUGCUGAAGCUCUAUGCGUGGGAGAACAUCUUCUGUGACCGUGUGGAGGAGACUAGAGGAAAAGAGCUGACCAGUCUCAAGACGUUCGCUCUGCAUACAUCAAUGUCUAUAUUUAUGAAUGCAGCCAUUCCCAUUGCGGCAGUGUUGGCGACCUUCGUCACACAUGCCUACAUUGAGGAGGUCAGGCUCAGUCCUGCCAAGGCCUUUGCCUCUUUGGCUCUAUUCCACAUCCUGGUCACUCCACUCUUCCUUUUGUCCACGGUUGUCAGGUUUGCCGUCAAGGCCCUUGUCAGUGUACAGAAGCUCAGCGAGUUCCUGCAAAGUGAUGAGAUUGGUGACGACAGCUGGAGAAAUGGAGAUAUGUGCAUGUCUCUUGAAGUGGGCAAGAAAUACAAAUACCAAGGGGAUACGAAGGCGAUCAACAGAAAGGGCCGUUAUCGUAUGGAUAACUACGAGCAGCCAGUGCGCAGGCAACUGCGGCCCUCUGAGACGGAAGAUGUGGCAGUACAGGUGAAUGAUGGCUUCUUCACAUGGGGAAGUAAUUUGUCCACGCUGUCAGAUAUCAACAUCCGAAUACCAACAGGUCAGCUGACAAUGAUUGUGGGCCAGGUGGGUUGCGGGAAAUCGUCCCUGCUAUUAGCCAUGCUGGGUGAAAUGCAGACCAUCAGUGGAAAAGUCUACUGGAGCAAGCUGCCUGAUUGUGAGAUACUCUUCGAUGGGAACAUAAGUAAAAACAGAUACUCAGUGGCCUAUGCAGCGCAGAAGUCAUGGCUGCUUAAUGCUACUGUAGAGGAAAACAUCACAUUUGGAAGUCCUUUCAAUAAACAGAGAUACAAAGCUGUGAUUGAUGCCUGCUCGCUUCAACCAGAUAUCGACCUCCUUCCUUUUGGAGACCAGACUGAAAUCGGAGAGCGGGGUAUUAAUCUCAGCGGUGGUCAGAGACAGCGGAUCUGUGUGGCCAGAGCUCUGUAUCAGAACACCAACAUUGUUUUCCUGGAUGACCCUUUUUCUGCCUUGGACAUCCACCUCAGUGAUCAUCUGAUGCAGGAAGGGAUUCUCAAGUUCCUUCAGGAUGACAAACGAACAGUAGUCUUGGUCACCCAUAAGCUGCAGUACCUCAUCCAUGCUGACUGGAUCAUAGCCAUGAAGGACGGUUCAGUGCUGAGAGAGGGAACAUUGAAGGAUAUCCAGACUCAUGAUGUGGAACUCUACGAGCACUGGAAGACCCUGAUGAACAGACAAGAUCAAGAGCUUGAAAAGGAUACCGAACUGGAGAGUCAGACCACUCUGGAGAGGAAGACUUUAAGAAGAGCGUUCUAUUCCAGAGAGGCAAAGAACCAUGUUGACGAUGAGGAUGAAGAGGAGGAGGUGGAGGAGGAAGAUGACGACAACAUGUCUACCACAACCAGCCGGCGUUCAAAGAUCCCAUGGAAGAUGUGCUGCUGCUAUCUCUCCUCAGGCGGCUUCCUCAUGGUCUUCCUGAUGGUGUCGUCCAAGUUAGCCAAGCACUCUGUUAUGGUGGCCAUCGACUAUUGGCUGGCAGCUUGGACAUCCUCAAACCCUAACAACCAAAGUUUUGUUAAUUCUUCUGUCAAUUACACACAGAACGAUGAGGCCACUCAGAUUGCAGAGCAUCGUUCUUAUGUGCCGGUGUUUAUUAUCCUGUGUGCGGCGGCAAUAGCGCUCUGCCUCAUCACUUCUUUAACCGUAGAGUUUCUUGGAGUGGCUGCAGCAACAAAUCUUCAUCACAACCUACUCAAUAAGAUCAUUCAUGCUCCCAUCAGAUUCUUUGAUGUCACCCCACUCGGGCAAAUCCUGAAUCGUUUCUCAGCGGACACCAACAUCAUCGAUCAGCACAUUCCGCCGACACUAGAGUCUCUCACUCGCUCGACUCUACUCUGUUUAUCGGCUAUCGGGGUCAUUGCUUUUGUUACCCCUGCCUUCCUCAUUGCGCUGGUGCCCCUCGCUGUGGCCUUCUACUUCAUACAGAAAUACUUCCGGGUUGCUUCCAAAGACCUGCAAGAACUGGAUGACUCCACUCAGCUGCCUCUUCUCUGUCAUUUCUCUGAAACAGCGGAGGGUCUUACCACCAUCCGAGCAUUCAGACAUGAAGCUCGGUUUAAGCAGCGGAUGUUGGAAUUGACUGACACCAACAACACAGCAUACUUAUUUCUCUCUGCUGCCAACCGGUGGCUGGAGGUCAGAACUGACUACCUGGGCGCUGUGAUCGUCUUGACUGCAGCUGUAGCAGCGAUCUGGAGCACAUCUCCAUCAGGUCUGGUCGGACUUGGUCUAACAUACGCCCUCACUUUGACAAACUACCUGAACUGGGUGGUGAGGAAUCUGGCAGACCUGGAGGUCCAGAUGGCUGCGGUGAAGAAAGUCAACAGCUUCCUGAGCACAGAAUCCGAGAACUACGAAGGAUCCAUGGAUGUGUCACAGGUACCUGAAGACUGGCCUCAGCAUGGUGAAAUAACCAUCCAUGAUCUAUGUGUGCGUUAUGACUCCAUGCUCAAACCUGUUCUCAAACACGUCAAUGCCCACAUCAACCCUGGCCAGAAGGUGGGCAUCUGUGGGCGAACGGGCAGUGGAAAAUCCUCUCUCUCUCUGGCUUUCUUCAACAUGGUGGACGUUUUCGAAGGGAAGAUUGUCAUUGAUGGCAUCGACAUCUGCAAGCUUCCUCUACAAACUCUAAGAUCUCGUCUGUCAAUCAUCCUCCAGGACCCAGUGCUGUUCAGCGGCUCCAUUCGGUUAAAUCUAGACCCUGAGUGCACAUGCACUGACGACCGGCUUUGGGAAGCUCUAGAAAUCGCUCAGUUGAAGAAUAUGGUGAAAGCUCUUCCAGGAGGAUUGGACGCUGUGGUGACCGAAGGAGGAGAGAACUUCAGUGUGGGACAGAGGCAGCUAUUUUGUCUCGCUCGGGCCUUUGUUCGCAAGAGCAGCAUCCUAAUAAUGGACGAGGCCACAGCUUCUAUUGACAUGGCCACGGAAAAUAUUCUUCAGAAAGUGGUGAUGACUGCAUUUGCUGAUCGGACGGUUGUCACUAUAGCCCAUCGUGUGCACACAAUCCUGACGGCUGAUCUAGUGAUCGUGAUGAAGAGAGGAAGCAUCAUGGAGUAUGAAAAACCCGAGAUCCUCAUGGAGCAGGAGGAUGGCUUGUUUGCAUCUUUUGUCAAAGCCGACAUGUAAAAAAAAUCACCACUUUACACCACUUUUGGCCUUAAUAGAUCAAUAAAAGCCAUUUUAAAAGUGCUCUGACCGUAGAAAGGACUUAACUAAAUGCAGGCUGUGAACUGUUAUCCUUUUAUAUGAAUCUGAUUUACAGUAUUUUUAGCGUUUUGUUAGCAUACCGCUCUUUUUCUAAGGUAAUGACGCGUGUAUUCAGAAACGCAUAAGCAAUAAGCAUUAAUCUACUGUGUUUUUGACUAGUAUCAACACUGUUGGGAGCGAGGCGUUGAUGCUCUCGUCCAUCUGUCUGUCUGAAGUGCAUUGCUGAUCCAGAUUUAGGGAAAGAAUGGUGGCUGUGAAUACACCAGAGUGACCCUAAUGUGUUACUCACACCCUAUAUAUACACACACACACAACCGAUUGUAUUUUAGACUAUGUACUGUUGUUUUCUUAUGCAAAACUGCUUAACCAAAAGCUACUUUUCUGUUGUUUUUAUGCUUCUUAGGUGACAAAUCAGUUGUAUUUCAUCUUAAAUAUUUCAAUGGGUGAAUUUCACAAAAACUGUUCAACAAUGUUCAGAUCGUUUUUCUCCUAAAAUAGACUUUUCUUUAUCUGUUUUUAUUUUGAGAUCAAACAAUCGGAGUGAUUUCUUUUGUCUGUUUUGUAAUUUUCUAUUUAUGUUUGUUAUUUUCUAUUUUCUUUUAUGUGGCUGGAAAGACAUCUGUUGGGUAAAACAUAUGCCAGAGUAGUUGCUGGUUCAUUGCGCUGUGGCAAUCCCUGAUAAAUCAAGGACUAAGCCGAAGGAAAAGGAAUUAAUUAAUUUUCUAUUUAAAAAGCUUGCUCUGUAUCCAAAACCUUAAUAUGGGGAAUAUCAUGGAAAAUGUAUAAUUGGUACUUUUCACUUUUAAGUCAAAUAAUUAUAAUAACUGUAUUUAAAUAAAAUAUUAUAUUGAAUUUAAAUUCAAAUCUAAUCAAAUUCCAGCUACAUUUUGCAUUUAACAUUACGCUUUUACUGUACCUUGAAUAAUGUAGUGUUAUUAUUAUUACUACUACUACAUUUUAAAAUAUGACAGAUAAAAUAUGAAGUGUCUGGUAUAUUUUUAUAAUAUACAGGUUUAUUUUGUUUAAUUCAACUAAAUAUGGACAAAUUAAUUUGGAUGUGUCAGUCUUA